UCCAAAUGGCAGAUCGUGCUAUUUUAGCUCCUACAAAUGAGAUUGUUGAUAGUUUGAAUGAAUAUAUGAUGUCAUUGUUGCCUGGAGAUGAGAAAACUUAUUUGAGUGUCGAUAACACAUGUUCAUCAGACAUCAAUUAUGACAGUCAAGAUGAUAUCCAUACACCGGAGUUUUUAAACACAAUAAACUCUUCAGGCUUGCCUAAUCAUCUGUUAAAGCUAAAAAAAGGAGCUCCAGUGAUGCUUUUAAGAAACAUCGACCAAUCAGCUGGAUUGUGCAAUGGUACACGUCUGAUUAUCACUGAAAUGGGCAAAUAUGUUUUGGAAGGCAAGGUUAUAUCAGGAACAAAUGCCGGAAAAAGGGUGGCUAUACCAAGGUUAACAUUAACCCCAUCAGAUAGGAGAAUUCCUUUCAAGUUUCAAAGGAGACAAUUCCCUAUAGCGCUCUCUUUUGCCAUGACAAUAAACAAAAGUCAAGGACAAUCUCUAAAGAGUGUGGGGUUAUAUUUGCCAAAACCGGUGUUUUCACAUGGCCAGUUAUAUGUAGCCUUCUCUAGAGUCACCCAUCGUAAAGGAUUAAAAAUCCUCAUUUGCGAUGGUGACGACAGUAAUUCAAAUAGUACUUCUAAUGUAGUUUACAAAGAAGUGUUUCGCAAUGUAGUGUGA